AUGUUGGGAAGACUUCUCAACACUGCGGCAUCGUCGCUCCAUCCUGCUGCGUACGGCUCUCGGAAUUCAACUCAUCUUGAAUCUGUGACUGAGGAAGAGCAUACGUCUGGGCUCUUGUUCCCAGAUUCUACUCAUCUUCGACGAUCGAAUACUCACGCCUAUCCACUCCAAACUAGUGCUUUGUCUCCAAAUGCUUCAGCUGCCAACAGCUUCGACGACAGGGGUGGACUCGAGUUAGAUGCAGCAAAGGAUUUUAGAGUAAUCGUUGCUCAGAAUGCACUGGGUGAUCGUGAUGAGCCCUGCAUCCUUCUCGACACCCAAGAUGCAAGCACCCCAGGCGGUAUUGUCGGACUUGGCCUAAAUCAACGGCCGUCAGAACAAGAGCGUAGCCAUUCUCGGAGUUCGAGCCUCUCAAAACCUACCAAACGGCCUACGGCUCACAAGCCCCAUGCAUCAGAUGUAAAUCAAUUUUCCGGUUCAUCGAGUCUCAGAGAAUUUGACUCCUCGAUGUCGGGCGCUUUAUUCCGUGCGAGGUAUCGAAGUUCCGCAUUUUUGCCCACCUCAGAUGAUAAUAGACAUUACCAAAGUCGCACGAGCGCUGAUUCAAAUGAAUCUGGCCUUUUGAACUGUAUUUUCGGCAGCAGUGCUUUCAGCUACCGUGAAUCUUCCACCAAAAUGCAUAUCCUUCCAACGGAAACAGAAUCAGCUGGAGAUGUCGAAGGAUUCGGCCCUCACGGCCUCAAUCGCCGCCUUACACUCCCCCGCGCCUAUCCUAGUGGACCUAGUUCGAACUCGUCCAGUUCAUCCCAGGAAAAAUUAGGUGAUCUGAGGUUCACUGCGCCCGUGAAAGUGACCGUUCUUGUGACGAGAAUGUUCAGUGUAAACCUUCCUGAGAGUCGCAACUCUUCAAUAGAGCCCUCGGAACAAUUAUCUUCCCCAAAUUCUCAGCCAUUUAAGGACUCGGAAUUUCCAUUUAUGGACGCAAUGAAACGGAAGAAAAUAAAGGAAAAGAAGACACCCAUGUAUGCGGUUGCAAUCACGAUUAAACUGCCACUUGCCGGUCGCAGUAAUGGCGGUCAAUCGUCCCGGAUUGGGACUGCAGGACAGCCUUCCAACUUGAUUUCGGCUUCCCUUGAUUCGGAUCAUAAAUUCAUCAAGGGCUUUUUUGAUGACAAUGCUGGACUAGCAGCGACUUCAAAUCUAGAUGAGAGAAUCGAUAUCUUGGUUGAUCAUUGGGAUGUCAUCACACGCACCUUGUCACACCUCGAGAAAUUAGCAAGCAAAGAAAUUCUUACAGCUCUGAAACGAGUUGACCACUUUUCAAGUCAACAACCGAAACCUGCUAAAGCACCUAACAUGCAGCGAACAAACCAAACAAUUGUGCAACUCUCUCCAAGGGCGUUAACAGAGGGGUCAAGCCUUAGAUCCGAGGCUGUCCGGGCCACUCAAAGGAUCAGCACGGCACUUCGAAUUCCUCACGUUGCAACAGGCCAAAGCCGAUGGGGUGUUUGGAGAGAAGAAGCGAGGUGGAUCGCAAAGUUACUGAGUGAUAAGGAACAUAAUUUCUUCUUCCUCGUGCUAAUAACCGCAUUUUUGGGGAAUCAUACCGAAUGGUUAAGCUCCCUUGGCCCUGACUGGUACAAGCGACGAUUUCACCUACAGCAGAGGGCUCAUCAAGAUACAGAACUAUCUAUACCCAGUCGAACGGUUAUUGUUUCAACUGAUAAAAUGACUGCCAGACGCUUGAUAUUUGUUCUGUCUGCAUUUUUACCAGCGCAGCAACGAUCGGACGCAUAUGCAUCCCCUUUAAGACCUAGCACGUCAACUUCUCUACGCCAUGUCUCCCAGAGCCCCCCCAGUGUACCUCUCUUGAGGCAGGAAUCUCUUCGGCGCACAAUAAAUAGACGAACUCGAGCUCGCCAACUUCACGAUGAUGAGAUCGACGGGCAUCGACGCUCACCAAGCGCUUCCUCGACUGAAGCCGGAAUUGUGCCAUCUGAUGACACUGAUUUCGUCAAAGUUGUUUCUGACCAUUACAAAUCCCAGAGGGACUCCGAUGUUCGAUCAAUAAGGACAGCCAGUCUACCCAUACCGUCCAACAUUGCCAGCUCCAGAAAGAGCGCCGCUGCUACUAUUGCUGCUGCUGCCCCUGGCACAGCGACCCCAGUUCCACACUUUGCAUCGCAACGAGAUAAACGUGGUGCUGGUGGGGGGAGGCGUUUAGCUUCAGAUAUUAAUGGAAGCGCAGCCUCAGCCAAUCUGAUCCAGAACCUCCGUAGAAGUGAAAGCUCCACCCUCGGCUCAGAAAGGGGUGAAUACCAACCAUCUAGUAGGUGGGGUGGCUUACUUUCGGGGUUUUGGGGUUCCCGCGAACCCACUGCUGCUUCAAGCGGCGGUCAUUCACCGCCAGUAGGCAGCCUAAAAGGCAAAGCCCAAUCCGCCGUCCCUGAUAAAAUCCAAGACACGAUGGAAGCAAUAAACGAUGAGACUGGGAAAGCUGCUGCCAAGGAUACUGCCAAAACAUCCGAUAAUAUAUCGAUUCCAACAUUUCCUCCACCUGAUGUACAAACACCCAAUUCUCCCAUGAAGCUCUCUGUUGGAUUGCAUGAUGGAGUGAUCGACGUUGAGGUACCUUUACCUGGUUUUAUCUCUCUCUCUUCAUCAGGAGACUCAACCUUAGCUUCACCCAAAAAGACCCGUACCUCAAUGACAAGUCUUGAUGGCAUUGGCUCCGUUCAUAGUUCAGGUUCUGGAUUCCAUCUCUCGAAUAAUAGGGACUACGAUGGAGUACAUGUCAAUGUCGCAGGUUGGCUAAAGCACUACCAUGAAGAUUUCCUUCUUCAAGCUGUCCACCCGUAUAGCACAUUGGAAGCAGAUAUCAAACGCGCGAUGUCUGCUGAACCUACUCCCCCUCAUAUUCUCUUACCAUUCCUUUCUGACUUUGACAGAACUGUCCAUGAGAAAUGGGUUGAUGUGUGCACCACACUCAUCGCGGAUACGAAAACCUUUACUGUGAAGAAAGUGUCUUUGCGGCGUAGAAUCACCAGCAACGUAUCUCGAACAGCUUCCCAGUCUCAAAAUAAUUCCCGCCAACCUUCAAUCUACGAAGCUCCUGAAACACCAUCUUCCAUUUCACAAUUUCCAAAUUUUUUCUCUGGGUCUACCAAGACACCUACAUCUCCACGGUCACCGCAAUUAGAUCCAUUUGAUGUAGAAGAGAUGUUUAUUGAAGAACCAGUUAUGGACCUUGACCCAACCCUGGUUGAUGCCGUUGAGAAAGUUUUAGCCCGGAGUGGGCAAUCGUCUAUUGUUCAUUCUAGGACACCGUCGCCAAACAGGAAUCGUAAGGAUAAGGCGACGAGCAACCAAGAGCCAGAUAAACAAUCUUCCAAUCCACAGGCAGAGCCUGUCUCAUCCAUCGAGGUCCCGCGGAAUAAAUGUCGACAUAUAGUCCUAGGUGCUCUUGAGGAAGUUGUCCCGCAGUGUAACAGCAGAACGUUGCCAGGAAAGAACAAGUUCCUGUGCGACUGGCGAUUCACCGAAAAUAAUUUCCGCCCGCCGUGGAAAAGGUUCAGGCGCAGUUGCCGAUAA